AUUUAGGAAUAAAAAACGGAAAAAGAGCAAGUCUAAGGGCGAAAAGCAGCAAAAGCCGGCGAAAACUGAAAUUUGGUACAAAGAAAUUUGGUAAAAAAAAAAGAAGAAAAAUGUCGGACCGCAAGGCAGUGAUCAAGAACGCAGACAUGAGCGAGGAGAUGCAGCAGGAUGCCGUGGACGUGUCCACCAUGGCCCUGGAGAAGUACAACAUCGAGAAGGACAUUGCGGCCUACAUCAAGAAGGAGUUCGACAAGAAGUACAACCCCACCUGGCACGUGAUCGUCGGCCGCAACUUCGGCUCGUACGUCACCCACGAGACGCGUCACUUUAUCUACUUCUACCUCGGCCAGGUGGCCGUGCUGCUCUUCAAGAGCGGCUAACGGGAGUUUUCAACAAUUGAGCAACAGCCAAACUCCCAGGGAACCAUCUCAACAUAACCUAAACAUCUAAAAUGGCCGUCUGCAGCGAAAAAAAGUUAACCCACCGCCAACAAAACUCAAUAAAUUGUAAUCCAAAGCAACACUUUCCCUAAUAAAAAAAAAAUUAAAUUGCUCAAAA